AAGUUACUUUGUAAUAAUCUCGGUUAUUGUUAUGUAGCUAUAGACAUUUUUAUUCAGUUUAGCAGUUAUGCUGCACCAACUCAGAGGGAAAAAUACUGGUUAUUGGCUGCGGUACCUUGUAUAAUUUGUUUAAAAAACGUAACCGUUUUAGUCUGACCAUUCCAAAUCAGUUUUCAAAAAGUGUAUAAUAUUUAUUGCCAUCAUAAAGACAAUAUGAAAACCUUAGCAUUAGUAUGUCUGGUUUACUUGGCCGAUGCUGUUGCUAGCCAAAAACUGCUACAUAACAUAGAUUUCGUAUACCCUCUGGACUCCCAAUACGGACUGGGAUGGCCUUCUACAAUAAACGUGGAAGAGGGUCACGAUAUACUUCUGAAGCUUUCACGGCCUUUGCCGAGCCAAGAGCGAUGUGUUAUUACCACGGCUAAAGGUCAGCGAUUUGAUAUUACUACCCCUCUGAGCAACCGGUUCGAGUUAUGGGGUGAAACGAAGUGCGGUGUGCGGGUGAGGAAUAUUCAGAAGUCUGACGAAGGGCGCUGGCGGAUGACGGCAGUCAGAGGAAACUUCACGUAUGUAGGAGUCAGCGAUGUGUACGUCUUGGACCCUAAUGUCACGUACUCUACACAGCCGAUCGAGGUAGAAGACGGGGCAGAAAACGCAAAGAUAAACCUUACAAACAUCGACGACAGUUCAUAUUGCUUUGUCACUCAGCCUUUCACGGAGAUAUCUUCUCAACUCGUCUCUGGGAAUUGUUCAGUUACUUUGGAGAGGACCAGUAGGGCUAUACAAGGGACUUGGAAUGCACUACUGGGUUUGCCUGGUCGAGUGGCUGAAUUCAGAGUGCAAAGGCAGGUGGCUGUUAAAGUGCCUGAGAAAUUGGACGUGGGCUAUAUCCAUGACACGCAAACAAACAAACUUCACGUCUACUGCAACUUGCAGCACACGCAAAGGAACAUUACCUUCUGCCGGUUUCAGCACAAUACUGAAGAUACUGGGUACAAUGUACUGGAUGGACUGAGUGAUGGACAAUACAGCUACUUCGGUCGCGGAUUUCUGCUGAAAGAGUGCGGUAUAACCAUAGAGCGGCCCACAACGGAACACUACGGCACUUGGAAGUGUUCAGUCGGGGUCCAGGAGAUGGAGAAAGAUAAAGUGGUUAACGGCACGCCCAUGCAAGCGCUAGUUACGGUGCCGACGCCACAAAGAUUCCGAAGAGCAGACGAACCUCAGGAGCCGAGGUCAUUCUUCGCACAGAAAGAGAAGCCAGUGACCCUGAGUUGCAGCUCACACGUGUCGCUCAGCUACUGCUGGUUCCAGGCGCCUGAUGGCCAGCAGUACACGCCGGUUCCCAAACUGGAGGCUAGUCAAGAGGGAAGCGAACAGGCGUAUUGGUAUGCAGGGAACGGACUGACUAUGGGCGACUGCGGCAUCACAUUCGCCAAUUCCACAGAAGAAUUCGCCGGUACGUGGACCUGUCACAUGGGUGCUUCCCAAGAAGUGGGCUUGGAGCACACCAAUACUUUACAAGUCCGGUUGUCGGAGGCUCUAGCAGCAGAUGUCAAGAAGAUAGAGGCGGCAGUGGGAGAUGUGGCGACGGUUUACUGCCGUACGGCUGAUGGGAAUAAGCCGUUGGAUUACUGCCGGUUUGUGAGUCCGACUGGAGUGGGAUUGCACGUGGAUGCGAGUGUUACUGCUGACAGGGCUAUUCUUGGCAAGUACUACUUCACCCCAAAACGAAGCUUGGACUACGGAGACUGUUCGCUGAACAUCGUGUCGUUUUCUGACGAAGAUGCGGGCGUUUGGACGUGCGCGGCCGUCGUGGCUGACGACUCUGUGGAGUCGAGAGACUCUAUUGAAGUCAUUAGGUCAUCAUACUCCAGUCGCAAAGUUUCGCGCGCCGGCAUAGCGGGAAUGUCAAUCGGGGCAGCCCUACUUGUCUUCAUUAUAGCUGGAUACACGUGGAAACGGCAAGGAUUACCUACUCCUUGGAGGAAUACCAGUUCCAGUCGAAUAGUCAUCAUGUCUGAACUACAGCAGUCGGGCAGGACUAGUGCAAGUUCAUCAUCGACUGUGUCCGACUCCUGGACCAAUGGCCGAUCGGAUAACAGGAAUGGGCAACUUGCUCGCGAUUAAUUAAGUGUAAUUUUGUUAUGUGAUAGUGAACAAAAUUAACAUUUAUAACAUAAUUUUGAUGUAAUAUGUGCAACAAUGACUUUAGGAGCAUACCUACCACACGUCCAGUGUAAUGAAAAGCAUACAUUUUAUAAUCAAAUAAUUGUAGUUUAUUUGAAAGUAGGUACGUUAUUAAGAAAUUGAUGCAUAUUAUGAGUUGGAAGGAAUAUGUAAGCAUAGAAUAUCGCCAUGGAGUUUAUUUCUGACCGAAAUCUUGUUAUAACUAACCGAAAUCGGCCGUUUCUGACUCGGCGAACAUAAACCUAAACCUAAAUCAUAAAAAUAAAAUAAAAACACCUUUUAAAUAUCAC